AGCACAUUUUCUUGUUGUUUCAUCAGUUGUUUUCGUGGGAAGGCGAAAAAUCCUGGUGUGGCCUGAAGUUUCCUUUGUUGAGGUGCAAAGUCGGAGAGGUGAAUGAGCGUGGUAGUCUCCGCGAAAGAAUCGUCCUUCAAGCCAAGGUUGUUUUAAUCUUUUGAUAAACUAUCUUUUCCAAAUUCAAUCAAGCCCAAGACCAGCUAGUUUGCUGAACAAAGAAUGUCAAUGCAGUGCCCACCUCCUCUCGUCCGUUCUCCCGAGAAACAUCAGUUUCAAUAUCCUCCUCAGGCUCCCAAUGUUCAUGGAGUGGUGGAUUCCAGUGAGCAAGAUGUCUCAGAGUCGGAUUGUAUUUACGAUGAAACCGAAACCAGUACUGGUGUUUCAGGUAUUAGGCAGGAAGCAGAAGACAAGUACAACAUGAUGACUACAAGAGGGAGCGACGAAGUGCAAGUCUUUGAAGAUGGAGAGGAUGACGAUUCGGAUGAAGUAGUGGAUCAUCGCACAAUGGAGAUGCACCAUCAACAACAGCGCUACCUCAGCGAACAACUCAUUGAACACUACCGCAUCGACGAAGACACUUCUAGUCUGACGGAAGAACGAGUAUCCACUGCCGUGUCAUCUUCCACAGUGGAGCUAAUCACUGUGGAACGAUGGACUGUCAGUGGCGAUAGUUACUCCCAACCAGCGACGCUCAAGAUUACAUCUGGCACCAAGUUCUCGGAACGUCAGAUGCAAAUGCGACACAGCCAAAGCCACCAAUCGGCCGAGACUUCCACCAUGUCGGUGACAUCUGAAACCAAUAAUACACUUCAUCCAAUCGCACAGGUACCCGUCUUCUCAGCCAGGGACAUGCAACAACGCUCGAAGCAAAGCCCUCAUCAUUCGUCAUGGGCCGACUCGACAAAUCCUGGUAUUCAGUCCGCUGGUCGGCUGGUGCAUGAAAUCUACAACCAAAUUAUGUUUCAUGAUUCGCCAGCCGUCAAUGAGACCAAGGCUCUGCAAGAGCUAGAGCAGCCGUCUCUGAUGGAAGAGGUUGAAGUAAAGCAGCCGUCAGUAGGGCAUAAUAAGGUCUCUACCCAACGACAUGAUGCUACAUCUCCAAUGGUCGUGAAAAGCGCAAGUUCAGGGCUGUACUCGUUCGACACGGAGGAAACGACAAGCAACUUGAGCAAGGAAUUAGAAAUUCAUCGAUUAGGAGCACCCCUCAAGGGCCAAUAUGAACGAUAUGAUCAGUCACAUGUUCAUAGCUUCUUUCGGCACCUGCAAAAGCAACCCGAAAGCAAAAUGGGGCACAUUGCACUGGGCACUCUGUGUUCUUGGACUCUCGAUGUCAUCCAGCCUGUACCGACAUUGACAGUUGAAACCCGGCCUGUUUCGACGCCUACAUACAGACAUGCUCUAGAAGUUAGAACCCCCACAAGUUCGUUGGCCGAACGAAACACACCCACACAUACCAGGGCAAACAACACUACAUCCACCACUCCCAAGGGUGGCGGUGUUUCCAAAGAAAAGAGUGGAAAAUGGAAACUGAAAUCAUACUUCAAAAAGAAAAAGAAACCUUCGUCUGGAACAUCUGCAGAAGUUGUUGUCAGGGACCAUUUCCCCAGAGUGCCCAACGCCAUUUCGGAGUUGACCCCAAACACUGGGCUGCCAACACAACCCGGCAGCAGCACUAGAAAAGUCGGGGCGUGUACAUCCACUUUGUCAGUCUCUGUGGAAUGGGGCGAGGAAAAUGUUAUCGAGGAUCGUUGGGAUGGUUCUACUCCUCGUCCUCGACCCGGUGACUCGAGCUUGCGGUAUCCAGAAGCUGGCAUGUCUCCAAAGGGGGCCUUCCCUGCUGCUUCGACUCGUCUACAAAUGUUUGGCUCCGAGUAUGCUCGAUACUUGUCCAACAGCGCAUUGGCUCCUAGAAUCAGAAGUCCUCGCCUUCCACAAAAGAGUGCUUCGAGUCGCUAUGGGCCCUUUACGACUCGUCGACGGAAUCCCAACAGCAACAUUAGUGCCGGCAUUCAGCAAAUCAUGAGUGCCAGCUCGUUUGGAAGCAUCCGAUCCAAGAGCAAGAACACGAAUACCUCUUGGAACCUGGAAGAUCAGGAGAAUGCAAUCUUGACGGGCGCCAUUGUCGACAUUUGCAUUACAAACGGAUCCGACACGCCACCGCCCAAGGGAUACUACCGAAUAUCGCAAACCGUCGAUGGGGAAGAAUUCAAAGGAGCAUUGAGAGCUGGAGGCGGUACGGGAGCGGGUGGGUCUCCACGAAAGAAAAGCUCCACAUACCUCAACGUCAAGAAGGAACCAAACUGGCAUCGAGCGGCGCAACGACCGUGCGUGACAGCAUUGACGAUCAUCUUUCCCGAUCGACAGGAAUUUGUCCCUCCGGGUUUUUGCGUUGUUCGGGAGCAUCGUAGAUGUCAUGUACCAUAUAAUCAGACCAAACAAAGUGGUGGAAAUAAUACAGCCGAUGGGACCAACAACGCAGGAGCACAAGAAACUGAUUCCACAGUAAAGGAUCAACCAGCCAACUUCAAUGCCGGUGAAGCUGAUGGCGAACGGAUCUUUCUGUGCUUUCGAAGAUCCCGGGAAGGAAAUCCUCUUACGGGAAUCUUGCCACUUCAACCCGUUUUCAAUGAAGCGAUUCCCGAUGGCUUCACCGUUCUGGAGCGAUCGCCACGUAACUUUGUGGCCAAUUUAAAUCCAAAGAGCAGCUCUCCUGUGUUUUUGGCUUAUCGUCAGCGACUAGCCAACUUGGAGCCCCUUCGACCGCUGCCCUUGCUUUUGUCUGUCCCGGCAACGUCAAAUGAUGAAGAAAACAGUCAAAUGUCUGUUGGGUCGGCUAGAAGCAGAGGCUCGGGGAGGAACAACUCAAAACCCAAACUGUCAGCCUAUUACUGCACUGGGGGCACCGUUGUGGAGGCAAACGUUGGAAGGUAUCACAUCAUGGACAGGUCCACCCAUGAUCUUUUGAGCCCCAGUUCGGUUGCAAAUCGCCUGUCUCUUAUUGAGCUUUCCCGCAGGAAGACACUGCCAAAGCUCGCCGGCGAAUACGAGGCAAUUCCCCCGAGUAACGUGCAGAGAGCCCGAGACAACGCAAACAAUUCGAAUACGCCGGCCAGAGGACUCAACAAGGGCUACACUGCUCCAGUACGGCUACCGACAGAGACGAUUCCGUCUUCUCAAGAUUCAGCGGUGUCUUCAAAGUUUGUGGUGGGUGGACGAGCAGGAAACAAAACCAACAUGAGUAUGCAUAGCAGUAUUGCUGAGUACCCCAGGACAUCCAAUGCAUCUUUCAGCUCAAAAGACUCCAUGUCAAUUGGUACUGACGAUGAUAGUGAUGCUCCUGCAGUCAUUCUAUCCUCGUUCCCAUCUUCGAAUCAGCACUCGGGGGGUUACUAUCCAAAGCUGUACGAUCCUCAUCUUCAGGCCAACCAUGAUGCGCUCAACUUCAUUCCGGUUGUCGAGAUUGCGACUCAUCCCUCACUGAUUGAGCCUCAAAGACAUCUAAGGGCGCGAACAGCUCUAUUGACUCCUAUCCUAACUGCAUGCUACCAACGACACGGGGGAGCAGCGCUCAAAGCCGUUGAGGGCCUGAACAGGCUACUGAUUGAGACUGACUUCUUUGCCGAUGACUUCGACGUUUCGAGCAAACGAGCUUCUAUACGUCUGACACUGCUGGAUAUCACCGUACAAGUUGUGUGCGAUGUGGCAACUGGUGGGGCGCAAGAGACAACGUUUGGAACAUGCGUAGAGUUUGUGGAAAAUGCCAUCAAAUGCACUCGAGGGCACAUGAACACACGGACGAUGGGAUAUGUGCUGCGGUUCUACUUGUUUGUGUUUUAUUUCGGGGCAAGUGUUCCCGCAAACAAUGCCAACGCCUUUCCACAUGCAAGCUGGGCGCCGGGAAUUGGACUAGAUGAAACCGACCACAUAACCUUGCCAAUAUUGUAUGACCCUCGUGUUGAAGAGAGAAUGUCUUAUCUUCCGGGAGGCGCUCCUCAGCAGGCGGCUUUGGCCUUCAAAGAUCUGAUUACGUACACGAUAUCGCGGUUGCAACGGGUGUGUCUCACUGUGCCCCAUUUUGGUAUGGUUUCAAAUAGUGGGGAGGGAAUCGAGAUGGAAACUACCAGCAAGUUCAUCAACGGAAUCAUUUCAUCACUUGUUGAUGGCGCCGUUCAUCGCGUGGAUGUCGCCAACUUCACACAGAUGGCAAUUCAUCAGAUUCACAGAUCCGGAGGCAGUGAGCUGUUCUGGCACGACAUGAUAACAUCUUGCGGAAUUGGCCUGUUUGGUCAGCACGAGCUGCCUGAAGAAGUUCAGAAUUUGUUUGUCUUAACCUUUGCGCUCCUCGCCAACUUGGUCAAGGUGGCUGCUGGAAAGAUCCGAACAAACGCGGUGACCUAUGAGUUAAGGGCUCGUGACGUAAGCAGCAAAAUCUUGUCUCUCGAACUUCUACUCCAUUUCUUGCAGCGAUAUCGAGAUGAGCAACAAGUCUGGAUUGAUUCGGAACGCCCGCUGCAUGCCAAACUUGCUCGAUGUGUUGAAACGAUGGUAUUCGCUGUUCGUCGGUUAAUCGUCCCAUGCAUCCUGUCUAGCACCAGAGCCGGACUGGAAGAACCAAGAGUGUUCUCGCGUGUGAUGCAAAUCAUGUCCCUUCUCUGGAGGACGCCAAUGUACCGAGAUCGAAUGAAGGGUGAAAUGGGGAUACUGAUAGAACACUUUGCUCUCCGUACGCUCCGGCUUGGGCCACAACUUCAGCAAUCUCGACAAAUGAAUCGAAGGCAGACAGAUGCGGACGAUCUAUCCUGCCCAUUGCUAAGUCAACAAACCGACGUACUGACAGAAAUCAAACGUUGGUUUACAGUCGAUCCGAAGGCGACCAUAGAGAUGUACCUCAACUAUGACACCGACAUUACUUCUCAGGUUGCCGGUCCCAUGCCCCUGCUACCUGGAACGCAAUGGAAAGUUUUCCAACGAAUCUGCGCUGGCCUCUGUAACCUAGCAGAGCAAUGUGGUGAUCUCAUCGGCGAACAGAUCCGACAGAGCCAGUCGACAGCAACACAUGCAGAGGCGGUCAAGAGUAAGAUUCCAGGUUUCAUGGAUGCAACAAAUGAGGGCCAGGCUGUUGAGAACAAGGAAGCGCGGUUGGCCGAAAUGAAGGCGAUCAGAGAGGGUGCUCGACGGCUGCGAAAAGCAGCAUUGGAUGCAAUUGUGCAAAUUCUAAAGUGCCUUGCGAGGACAUCAGCAGUGGCUACCGGAAAGCAGUUUUACGAACUAGUGGCGUCGUGGUCGGACCCCAACAACCCGGACGAUUAUUUCCACGAAAUACAAACUGUCCCUUCCAGCGGCUCUGAAGAAUCCCAUCAAUCGGAUUCUGAGUUCAGCGACGACGACAGCGACGACAAUCGCCUUUCGGGUCCAGGUGGGGUUCUGGGUUUUUGGCGCAAGGAGAUUGCUUCAAAGUCGAAGCCGUUUGCGUACAACUUUGAAACUCAACCAGGAUUGCUCAGCAGCGUUACACGAGAAACUGCGUUUGAGAUUGCCAAGAAGAAGAGCGUGAAGAAAUCAGUAGAAUAUCUUAUUGCAUGCAAUGCACUCACAUCUUCGCCAAAGGAUAUUGCAUCUUUCCUUCGGGUCCACAAAGACAGGCUAGAUCAAGGAGCUCUUGGUCAAUAUCUGGGAGAGACUGGGGUUGACGGACAAGAAACAGAAUACUGGAACUUGAUUCGUUUUAGUUAUGUCCGAGCUAUUUCCUUUGACGGCAUGAAAGUGGAAGACGCGCUGCGUCAUUUUCUAACCAAUUGCGGUUUCCAACUACCAGGGGAAGCGCAAAAAGUCGAUCGAAUCAUGAGCACUUUUGCCCAAUGCUACUGGGAAGACAAUGCAGGUGACAUCAAGAUUUGCCCCUUUCAAGACCAGGACACGGUCUUUUUGCUUUCCUUUGCCAUUAUAAUGCUCAACACGGAUCUUCACAAGUCAGGAGGAGCACCUAGUUCUCGCACCAAUAGCAAGAGUGCCCGACGACACAUUACCAAGCAAGAAUUUCUCAGAAACUUGUCGGGAGUGGAAGGAGGAGAGGAGCUGAAACGAGAUUAUCUGUCGGCGGUCUACGACUCGAUACAAUCAAAUCCGAUUGUUUUGACCAGCGACGAAUCGUCCGAAACCCAAACCCACGCACAUUCUGUCGAAGAUAGAGAACGAAUGCUGAAGGGUAUGAUUGGUAAUGUUCGAUCCGCCGAUGCGUUGCUGCGUGGGUUGUCAGUCCAUGAUGUCAAAUGGGCGUCCAUGCAAGACUUUAGCAGCAGUCUGGACUACGAAGGAGCGGAUGCACUCUCUGAUCUUACUCAAAGUUGCAUAUCCGAAGCGUGGCACCAGUUCCAUGGAGUGAUAAACACGGCCCUUGAAACCGCGCAUUUGGAUCCCCAAGGAAUGGAACCGUGUGUAGACCUGCUCAAGUACGCGCUGGUCGUCACGAUCUGUCUGGACAUGCCCAUGGAACGAUCCGCGUUUUUGAGCCAAUUGGGUCGAUUCAAGGUCUUUGAAGGCAACCGCACUUCGAAUCCAGGAAACUGGGUACCCGACGCAGAACAAGGUCGUCUCUUGCUGCUCAAAGGAAAUCCAGCCUUUGAUCGGGCCAUUGCCGGACCCUUGGACGAGGAGAGCAAACUGAAGGCAUUGGUGCAAGUGCACGAAGCAACACAACACCUUCGAUCGGCUCUGAAGGUCGACAUUGAAGCAAAGCAGGAAAUGAGCCGCAUCACUCACCAGAUAUUGGAUGGAGAGUUCUUGUUGAACGAUCCCAGCCGAACGUUUGUCCGAAUGGGAGAUUUGAAGAAAAAGAGCAUCCGGUCAGGAAGAUACACGGACUAUCGCUUCUUUUUGUUCUCGGAUGUGCUGAUCUACGCCAAGCGUUCGUCCGCAUCAUAUGCCCACCAAAGGGGAAGCUUUUAUGACAACGUUGACAAGGACCACAACAAGGACGAGUACAAGAUCCACGAGGAGCUACCACUUCACUUGAUGAAGGUGAUUGACUGGUUCCCGCCUUCUUCUAUCAAGGACGUGAUGAAGAAAGCCUUUCAAGUUCAUCAUCCCCGCAAAACGUUUAUGGUGUUUUGCAAUUCACCCGAGGAACGAAUUGCUUGGGUCCGUGAUAUCCGGUUGGCCAUUGAGAAGGAAAUCAAACGAAAGGUUGAGAUGGAAGCAGCACGUAUGGCCGCCGCAACAAUGAGCGCUCCUCCAACCAAUCUCGAUGUGACCCCAAGACUCAUCUGAUCCAAUUCCUGAGCCUGGCCAGAGGACAGGACAGAGCUUUUGGAAAGGACAAAAUUCACAAAAUACAAAACGGCAAACAACACCACACACACACAAAUAGAGCUAUUGAUUGUUGCCCAUGAAUAAUAAAUAAUCCUAUGCGUUUUUAC